GCACACAGAAGAUUUAUGCUUCUGCACUGAAGCAUCACAGUGAGAAAUCGUAAUUCCAUGGAGUCUCAAAGGUUGCUGCUAUUCUUGGUGAAUUUAGAGUUCAUGUUCUUCAUAGUUUCGUCAGCUUCAUUUCCUACUGAAGAAAGGUUCAUUCAUUGUCUUGAAGCAAAUUCUGAGAAACCAGUCCCAUCUUCCAAAUCAUUUUACACUCCAAAAAAUGCUUCCUAUGCUUCAGUCCUUGAAUCGACAGCUCAAAUUCCAAAGUGCUUGCUCCCUUCAAUGCCGAAACCCGAAUUCAUAUUCACUCCAUUUGAGGAUUCUCAUGUUCAGGCUGCUGUCAUCUGUGCCAAAAAGCUCAAAAUCCACAUGAGGAUACGUAGUGGAGGACAUGAUUAUGAAUGCCUUUCAUAUGUUUCUUUCAUUGAGAAGCCAUUCAUGGUCCUGGAUCUCUCCAAGCUACGUGCUAUCCGAGUCGAUAUAGCAGGAAACACGGCAUGGAUUCAGGCCGGCGCUACAAUAGGAGAAGUUUACUACAGAAUUUCUGAGAAAAGUCCAGUCCAUGGCUUCCCUGCAAGCAUAUGGACAAGUUUAGGCAUCGGUGGUCACAUUACUGGAGGUGCUUAUGGCACCAUGUUGAGAAAGUAUGGCCUUGGCGCUGAUAAUGUGAUCGAUGCACGAAUCGUUGAUGCUAAUGGCAAGGUUCUUGACAGAGCAGCCAUGGGAGAAGACCUGUUUUGGGCAAUUAGAGGAGGAGGUGGUGGAAGCUUUGGGAUUAUUCUAUGGUGGAAGAUCAAACUAGUUCAAGUUCCAUCUAUAGUGACAGUUUUUACUGUCAAUAAAACCUUAGAACAAAAUGCAAACAAAAUUCUUCACAAAUGGCAGCAAGUAGCACCAAACAUUGAUGAAAAUCUCUUCCUUAGAGUUCAAAUUCGAACAACAAAUUCUAGUGUUUCAGGUAAAAGAACUGUAUCAGCUUCUUUUAAUGCUCUUUUUCUCGGUGGGACCAGUAAGCUUCUCAAAUUGAUGACGAAAAGUUUUCCUGAAUUGGGCUUAACCAAAAAGGAUAGUUUAGAAACAAGUUGGAUCAAAUCUGUACUUUAUCAUGCUGGCUAUCCAAACAACACAUCCCCAGAAAUUCUUCUGCAAGGGAAAUCCAUCGCCAAGUUAUCUUUCAAGAGCAAGUCAGAUUUUGCAAGGCAAGUGAUUCCUGAGACUGCAUUGAAUUCUCUUUGGGAAUUGUUUCUACAGGAAGAUAUGCCCGCCAUGCUUUGGACUCCGUAUGGAGGAAUCAUGAACAAAAUUUCAGAAUCUGCUACUCCAUUUCCUCACAGAAAAGGAACACUCUUCAUGAUACAGUAUUUUACUGCGUUGCCAAAUGAAGAGAAGAACAUAGAGAAGCAUAUGAAAUGGAUUAGGAAAGUGUAUGACACUAUGGCUCCUUAUGCUUCAAGUUUUCCCAGGGAAGCGUAUGUGAAUUACAGAGAUCUUGAUCUGGGGAUGAACCGAUUUAAUGAGACAAGCUUCUUGAGGUCAGGCGCUUGGGGAUUUAAGUAUUUUAAGGAUAAUUUUAUAAGGUUGGCGAAGGUGAAAUCUAAGGUCGACCCAGGUAAUUUCUUUAGACAUGAACAGAGCAUCCCUCAGUUGCCAAUCAAAGAUAAGACUGAGUUAAACUACUGAGUGUCUAUUUUUUCUUUUGGUAAGUUAUAAUGUUGUGAGUGCAAGGGUGAGAAUUGCUUGCGAUUUAAUUUUAUAGGGAAUGUAAUUUAAGUCCCAAAAUAUGACAUAUUGAUAAGAGCUAGGUCGCCGAUUUUUU